UAAGCAUCAGGUCGAGAUGGUUACCGACCCUGCGGUAAACUAAACGCUUGCUCAACGUUUUUGCAAUAAGUACUUUGCUGUUAUAACUUACCACUGAGACUGAUCAAUUAGUAAAUUCAUUUACUCGUUAAAUAGCAAUAAUGUUUGUGAGAAGUAAAUUUUUGCGCUGCUUAUGUCAGCAGAGUUUCGUGAAAUAUCGCCAAACUACUGCAGAGUGUUCAAAAUGCCUGCAGUACGUUUACAGAAUGAGCGCAAGUGCACACACCCAACAAAUACCAACACAGAAAGUAAAAAUUAAGCCAAAGGUAUCGGUAGAAGCAGUCAAUAAAUUUGUUAAUAGGACUCACACGUGUGGAGAAUUAACUAUUUUCAAUUCCAACGAGAAUGUGACUCUCUGUGGAUGGUUGGAGCAUGAAAGGUUGGGCAAGUUCCUCAUACUGCGUGACUCCUAUGGAUCUACUCAAUGUAUCAUUGAUGAUGAUAAAGCUGACCUGCGAAAAUUGCUACUGGACUUGCCUCUUGAAACAGUUUUGACUGUAAAUGGAACUGUUGUUCCAAGACCUGAAGGCCAAUGUAAUCCAAAACUAAAAACAGGUGAAAUCGAGGUACAAGUGGAAUCAUUGGAAAUUUUGAACACAGCUAAGCAACCGUUGCCCUUUUCAAUUAGACACUUUAACAAGGCAAAAGAAUCACUUCAAAUGCAGUACAGAUAUUUAGCUCUUAGAUUUCCUGAAUUGCAAAGGAAUUUGAGGCUGAGAUCAUGGGUGACUAUGAAGAUGAGAGAGUAUUUAAUCAAUCAAUGUGAAUUUGUUGAUGUGGCUACACCAACUUUAUUUAGAAAAACUCCAGGUGGUGCUCAAGAAUUUGUUGUUCCAACUAAACAUUUAGGGAAGUUUUAUUCUCUUGUUCAGAGUCCACAACAAUUCAAACAGUUACUUAUGGUAGGUGGUAUUGAUAGAUAUUUUCAAAUGGCUCAAUGUUAUAGAGAUGAAGGUUCUAGACAAGACAGGCAGCCUGAAUUUACACAAUUAGAUAUCGAAAUGUCUUUUGUAGACCGAGAAGACAUAAUGGAUUUGACUGAAAACUUGAUUGCUAAUAGUUGGCCUGAAUCAGUAGAAAAACAUUAUCCACCAUUUCCAAGAUUGACUUAUGAAGAAUCAAUGGAGACCUAUGGUACUGAUAGUCCGGACUUAAGAAUACCUGGAAGAAUUCAUAGUAUUACUGACAUAGCACAUAAUGCUGGAGAUGGAUUUGAUUUAUCAUGUGAAUUGUAUGCAGCUGUAUUCAGUGGACAACAGGAAUUCUUGACUAAAUCAGCCAAAGAGCAACUAAUUAGAUUAGCUGAACAAGCAUUUCCAAAAGCCAAAUUGGUAAAGCACAAAGUCAAGGAUCUAGAGUUGAAUGGACUUAGUUAUUUACUUUCUGGAUUAACAAGGCAAAACAUUGUCAACCAGUUUAAGUUGCAGGAAAAAGACGUGAUUUUAAUGGCUUAUGGUCCAAAGCAAGAUGCUAGACAACUACUUGGAAAAAUUCGAGUUGAAUUCACAGAUAUUAUGGAAUCAAAAGGACUAACUAUCAGAGAAUCCGGUUAUAAAUUUGCGUGGAUAAUCGAUUUUCCCUUAUUCGAAAUUGAUGAAGAUACUAAAUGUUUGAAAACCACCCAUCAUCCAUUUACUAUGCCUCAUCCUGAGGAUAUGCAGAAUUUAUUAACAGCUCCUUUAAAGGUUCGAGGAUUGCAAUAUGAUUUAACUCUUAAUGGAUCAGAGAUUGGAGGUGGAUCAAUACGUAUUCACCAAAAAGCACUGCAAGAACAAAUUUUUAAGAUGUUGAACAUUGAUCCAUCAACCAUGUAUUAUAUGCUAGAAGCUUUAGACUGCGGUGCUCCUCCACACGGUGGGAUUGCAUUGGGAUUAGAUAGAUACAUGUCCGUGAUUUGUGGAGCGCCUAGUAUCAGAGAUGUCAUAGCUUUUCCAAAAACUAUGGAAGGACGAGAUUUAAUGUCAGGAGCUCCAGCUCGUAUUUCCGAAGAAGACAAAAAGUUGUAUCACAUACAAGUAUCAAAUGAUAACGUAGAUGAAGUUGAGAAAUAAUUUUAAAAACUUGUUUAUCUAAUUCUGUAAAUAGAAUUUUUGUAUAUUAUUAAAAGAUUUUUAUUCAAGUUAAAA